AGAAGCCUAGAAGCUCCAGUGCGAGUCUGACAGUGGUUGUGGAAGGAUGUCUGCGGUCCUGACGCGAAAAUGAAUCUGUUAUAUCUGGCUGUUCCUCCGUGAUCACUCCGUCGUCAUGAUGGAUAACUCGCCGGGAGAAGUGUGGCGGAGGCCUAUGCUGUGCUUUAUGACGGUUGUUGUGAUGGGCCAAAUGUUCACAGACAUAAUGGUUGCUAAGGGAGAAUUUGUGCAUAAAAACUUUACAGAGAGUGUUGGUGAUAGCGGCCCAUCGCUCGGUCUGCGGGGAGAGGACACCACGCAUGAGACGGAAGGGGCGGAGGUGCGGUGCCACUGUAACCUCCCGCGGUGCGUCAAGCUGGGCUACAUGUGCAAGAGUCUGCUGGGCGCCUGCUUUACCAAUAGCACGCCUGCGCCCACCCACGCCUACACCGGCAACCACAAGCUCCAUCGUCCCUCGGCACCCAUGCACGGCUGCGUCGAACUCCUGCCUGAGAACAGGCAUGCCGAGUGUAUAAGAAAAGGGGGAGUGAAGCCGCCCCAAGGAGUCCUCGCUCUCACCCCCGCCCCGUCCACGCCUCCACAGCCAGACCCCGCCCUCACCUGCUGCCGCUACGACAUGUGUAACUUCCAGGAUAUUGACAUCUACAUCCAGGUGAACGGCGACGGCCACGCUGAUAUGAAAAUACAAGACUCGGAUAUAGAAACAGUGUGGUUCCGAGCAGCAACAAUAGCGGUGCCUAUUGCUGGGGGCUUCAUACUGAUUGUACUGGUGCUACUGGCCACUAAGAUGCUUGCCAAGGAGAAUAAAAGACAAAGGAUGGCACAGCAGGUGCUAGGGGAACAUUACUUAAAGGCUGCCCUGUACCCUGGGGGAGGUUCAGCAGCCCUCACUCACUCAUCAAUCUGCUGCCACCCACCACUCACUAAAGGUGCCCUCCUGAGUGAUAUAAGCAUAAGAAAUACUUCUGAAGAAAAGAAUCCCAACUACAGACACCCUGGUGGGCACAUCUACAAUAUUGAGGAGAUCAAACCCUUGAAUGUUAUCUGUCAAGAUGACCAGUGGGACCAGAGACAGGCAGAAUCUCCACCCCUGUCUUGAGCUGUGUGCUAGACUUUUCUAAAUAUACUAUAUAUGUAAAUGGUGUUCCUCUGAACUAUACAGAAUAUUGAAGUGAGUGUUUACUCCCAUAAGCAACUGUGAAGUGCUGAUGGUCCAAGCAAAACUUGUUUGCACGAGUUAUGUGACUCCCUGAACAUGGAGGACACACUACCAUAGUUUCUUGGAACCUGUGAAAUAGUGCAGUGCUACUCUAACAAAAUACUCAUUUACUAUAGUGUUGAUGUUUUAUAAAGUUCAUGUGCUUUCAAGUGGAGAAAGUAUGUACAUUUUUAUACAUAUCAUAUGAAACAUUUUCUUGAAUUAUUUACAUAAAGCAGCAUCUUUCCUCUCAAAUGUGAGUGAAAUAAAAACUUUUGUGAUUAUUUUGUGAUUAUUUGCUCAAAAAUCAGAACUGUACUUGGGGAGUGAAAAUAUUUUUUUAUUCCAUUGCACUACUGCAGUUAUAAUAAACUGGUUCAAGUGUGAAUUCCAGGACAUUUGAUUUAUUUGUGAUAAAAAAUGGCCACUAGUUAAAACUUACAGAAAUUCUAUGAAUCAAAAAUACCAAUAUUUUCUGCUGAGUUUAUAAUGAACUGUGUGAUGAAAAUGAUUGUUCUGGCAAGCAAUGUUAGAAAUGCCCAUGGUGGGGAGCAAAUCUUGUACUGGGUCAACUAGUAGUGGUCACAAGUUACUUGCAAUGAAAUUAAGGGAAUUAAAAAAAAGCCUGCAGUGUGGGUUGUAUAAAUUUCCCAUGUACAGAUAAGUGCAGUGUUAGCAGUAUUACAUUGGAUCUUAGAUGUGCAAGUAAAGCCAGGAAAAAUAUACAUUUCCUCACCAAAAAUAUGAUGUAAGUCUACUUAUAUCAGGUGAUUAAUUAGAAAAAUAACAAGGCAUAACAAGCACAUCACAGAAAACUGAAUUUCCUGGACAAAGCUGUGAUAUGUUUAUUUGCUUUUUUCUUCUCAUGUUGUUCACAAGGUGCUUCAAGUAAGGCAAAGCUUUGCUGCCUGUAAGCCUUCCAGAGCUCAGGACUUUAGCCACCUCAAACAUUUUAAGGAAAAUCAAUAAUGACUUUAUAGAUAAGGGUGUACCAUGAAUGAUUCAAAAUUUAUGUUUGAUAAAUCAUUUAGUCUUGUUAGUUGACUAUGGUUUGAUUUCUUUGGUUUGGCAAAAACCUUUGCCAUGUGAUGACAUUUUCACAUUGAUGGUAUACAAGAUAAUUUGGAUAAAACAACCUGACUUUGUAUUGUCCACAUAUAGACUGGUAGAAAUAUUCAGAUGUAGAUGGUUUGUUAAUAAGUUCCUACUUUCUGCAUUCCCAAUAUAUAUGGUGGUUUAGUUACAAAAAAAUUAGUUAUUUCCUUAUAGAAAGUAUGUAUGCUUUAACUUUCUCCUGUAUUUAUAGGUUUUUAAGUGGUGAUGAUAAUCUUAUUAAAAGCAAUGUGAUUUUGGAAAUAUUUUGAAUAUUGAGGGGAACAAAAACAAUGCAACAUGGAUCAAUUUUUAGAUCCAUUCAUAAAUGAUGUGUAAACAAUUCUUUCUUAGCCAUGACAUUCAAAAUGAAUAAAUGAGGUUUUUGAUGUUGAGCAAGCUUAUGCAGCAUAGCUUUUAUGUAACAAGUUAUGAAGGUUGAGUGCUGUACUUUUCUACUUUCCCAUAUGUGAUGCUACAAUGAGAGCACCCUGGUGCUUCAACAUGUACGAGUGCUGGAGGAAAUUUUUGCAGGCAUGAAUAUGUCUGGUGAUAUUACUUGCACUUUGUGAAUCAAAUAUUUAUUGCAA